GUACACCAUUUACUAAUGAUAGGAGGAAGGGGAGCUAAACCAGCUGUACAACUACCUCAUUAUAAAUAUGUCAAGAGACCUAAUGGAAACUGGCGUACUAAUGAACACUCAAUGUAUAAUCUAUCAUCAAGAAUAUGGACUAAUCCUUCAAUCAUUGGCCAGCAUAUACCACCAGUUAGUGCCUUUAUCAUUGAAAAGAUUGACAACAAUAGAGCUGUUCUCUUUGGUGGACUAGUAAAUGAUGAUGAUACUACUAACAAUAUUUAUAUAUUAGAGAUAUCAAUCAGCACUGCACUCUGGCAGUGUAUAAAGAAACCUGAAGCAAUAGACCAAUGGCCAGUGGGUAGAUACCUUCAUGCAGGUGCUAUUAUAACUGAAUUAGACUGGCCUAUGCUAGUGAUAAGUGGUGGGUCAAAUAAAAAUGAUGAUACAUUAGAUGAUUGUUGGAUCUUUAACGUCACUCGGCAUUCCUGGAUAAAGUUGGAUGUACCUCACUCUGUUAGUAAGAGAUUUAUCCAUUCUCUCUCAGUGUUCCUUGUAAGUCCUCGUUGUGUCUGGAUAAUAACUGUUGGAGGAGCUGUUGAUAAUAGAUCUGUCACUAAUCCUAAUAUUGCUAUGCUAACUGAAAUAGUUCUCAACAGUAAAGGAGAUUGGACAGUAGGUGAUACAUUAGGUACCAAUUUUAUGAAUAAUGAAGAAUACAAGAAGAAGUAUCAGCGGCGACUGCAGACAGGAAGAAGAAUAUGGUUGGAGGAGUACCAAAAAUUAAGAAAAAGAAAUAUAAUUGAUAUUGAGCAAACGAUACAAGCUCUUAUGAAAAGUCUUGAGAGAGAAACAGUAAUUUUCAGUCGCGAAAUGGAGCAAAAGGAAAAAGAAGAAGCAGAGAAAGAUCGAAAAAUAAGACGAUAUCGUCAUCGGCUACAAGAGAAGGAUAGGGAGCAUCAAGUGGUGCUACAGGAGAAAGUUAGGGACCUACGACAGAAGGAUAGGGAGCUACGUCAGUCUCAAGAGGCAGUUCGUAGGUACAAACAAGCACUUACUGAUGAUCACUGGGUUAUUAAUAAAGACGAAGUGACUUUGACAAAGGAGAAAUUAGGAAGUGGAUCUUAUGCUGUCGUUACAGUUGGUAUCUUUAGAGGUUUAAGAGUAGCUGUCAAGUCACUUCAUAAAAUCAUCAUUUCGGAUUAUAAUUUAGCUCUCUUCUCCAGGGAAAUGAGUAUAGCAUCACAAGUACGUCAUCCUAACCUGGUCCAGUUUAUUGGUGCAACUAAAGUUGGUAGUCCUCUCAUUUUGACUGAGCUGAUGAGCACUAGUCUUAAUCAUGAGCUUUGCAGAAAACGAUUAACCAAUCAACAGAUUCUGAGUAUUGCUCAAGAUGUAGCUUUAGGCCUCAACUACCUUCACCUGUUUAAGCCUCAGCCUAUUAUUCACAGAGAUGUCAGCAGUCCUAACAUAUUAUUAAAGCCUUGCACUGGACCUGCUGGUUAUGAAGCCAAAGUAGCAGAUUAUGGUACAGCUAAAUUGCAACAAGGCACUAGUACUGGUACUGUUAUGCCAGGCAAUGCUGCAUAUGCUGCACCAGAAGCUCGUGAUCCUGAGCUACACAGUCCAGCAAUGGAUGUCUACAGUUACUCUGUUCUCCUUAUGGAAAUGAAUUUAUGUUGUCCACCUGAAAUAACGCUUGCAGAGAGAACACGACAAUCUGGUAGUGUCUCCUGGUCUGAUAUGAAGUCUCUCAUACAAAGAGGACUUAAUGCUGAUCCUAGAGCUCGUCCUACUAUGGCUCAAGUAGUAGAGUCAUUGAAACAGAUAAAUGUUUAAUGCAUUAACUUUAUUGCCUUUUAAGAUUACUGCUAUCUAUUCUUGGUUAAGCUUUAGGUAGUUUAGCUAUGAUCUUUCCUUUAAAUUCAGAACUAAUUUUGCUCCACAUGUGUUAUAUGAUAAUCAUUAUCUUUUUUAUAUUUUAAUUUACAAUUUAUAACUUGAAACCA